AUGACGCUGCUUUCUGUGUUUGUCUCUGUAUCCUCAGAGUCCAGAGGACAGGUCACACUGACUCAGCCUGCAGCAGUGACCUCUGCUCCGGGAGGAACCGUCAGCAUUCCAUGUACGGCUAGUCAAAAUGUGGAGAGCAAUAACUACUUAUCCUGGUACCAACAGAAGGAUGGAGAAACUCCUAAACUGCUCAUUAAAUAUGCUAAUCAGCUGUUAUCAGGGAUAUCAAGUCGUUUUUCAGGCAGUGGAUCUGGAUCUAGUUUCACUCUGACCAUCAGUGGAGUCCAGACUGAAGAUGCAGCAGUUUACUACUGUCAGAGUCGACACUACAUCAACAGUCUGUAUCUGUUCACACAGUGA